AUGACACGGGCUUUCUCUACUUUUUCAGGCAACAUGGAAGAUACGGAAAAUGGAACUGAAAUAACUGAAGUUGUGCUUCUGGGUUUAUCCAGCCAUCCCCAAGUACGGACUGCACUGUUCUUUAUCUUCCUGGCUAUGUACUUGGUCACUGUGGGUGGGAAUGGCCUCAUCGUUACGCUGAUUCUGACCGAUUCUCACCUCCACACACCCAUGUAUUUCUUCCUUAGCAACCUUUCCUUCAUUGACGUCUGCUACGUCACCACUUCCGUCCCUCAGAUGCUGGCGCACUGCUUUACAGACAGACCCACCGUCUCUCUAGGCCGAUGUUUAGCCCAGAUGGGCAUCGCUCUCUUCCUGGCAGUAGCAGAAUGUCUUCUGCUCGCCAUUAUGGCAUACGAUCGAUACGUAGCAAUUUGCAGCCCCCUGCGGUACAGUGUAAUCAUGAACCGGAAGGUGUGCAUCCUGCUGGCAACUGGCUUGUGGGUCUCCUCCUUCUUCUUGUCCAUUGUCCCAGCCUUUGGCAUGCGGGGUCGUUUGUGUGGGAGCAAUGUGGUGAACCAUUUCAAGUGCGAAGUCCAGGCAAUGUUGAAACUGGUGUGCUCAGAUACCCGUGCCAGUGGAUUGGUUAUGAUCAUGAAUAGCAUCUUCACCUUGCUCAUGCCCUUUGCUUUCAUCCUGGUGACAUACGGACGCAUUGGCCUGGCUGUGCUGCGCAUUCGGUCUGACCAUGGAUGGAGUAAGGCCUUGUCAACCUGCGGGUCCCACUUGGUCGUGGUGGGAAUCUUCUACGGCACAACCAUGGCCUUGUACUUGCGGCCUCAGAAGAAGACUUUCACAAAUGGAGAGAAGGUGACGUCGGUGUUCUACGGGGUGGUCAUCCCGAUGCUUAACCCCCUAAUCUACAGCCUGAGGAACAGAGAUGUAAAAGGAGCUCUGUCGAGGGCGCUUUCCAGAAAGUAG